AUGGUACGGGGUGGGGCUGGGGUGGGCGAGUGGUGGGAGUGGAGCUGGGGCUGGGGGUGGCGGCUUAAGUUGGGGUGGGGGACUGAGGAUGGGGUGGCGGUGAAGGUAGGGGGAGUGGCUGGAUUUAGCGGUGGAGGGGCUCGUGGUUGGGGUUGGGGUGGAGGUGCGAGUGGUGCCGUGGGUUGCGAGGGUAGCGGUGAGGGUGGUGGUGGUGGGGGUCGAGAUGCGAGUGGUGCGGGUGCCGUGGGUUGCGUGGGUGGCGGUGAGGGUGGGCGAGUGGGGAGGGGUGGAGCUGGGGUGGGGGUGGUGGUGUGGGUUGUGGUGGGGCUGAUGGGGGUGGGUGUGGUGGUGAAGGUAAGGGGAGUGGGUGGGUUUGGCGGUGGUGGUUGGAGACUUAGGAUGCAUGGUGACGGUGAGGGUGGGGGGAGAGUGCGGAGUGGUGGAGAUGGGUCUGUGAGUGGCGGCGUGUGUUGGGGCGGGGCUAGUGGGGGUGGGGGACUGGAGAUGGGCUGGGCUGGUGGGGGUGGGGGUUGGUGGUGGGAGAGUGGUGGUGAUUCAAGCUCUCCAUUAUAA